AUGGCCACCACGCUGCGGCACUUCUCCUCCUCCACGUCGCUGCAGGGCUCGGGYGCCGCGGGCAGGGCGUCCGGCGGGCCCUGCCGAGCCCCCAGCCUCGGCGGCAGGGCCAGCACCUACUCGCUSUCGUCUCGCACCGUGGUGGCCGGGCUGGGGGGCAGCCUGGCCGGGGGCUUCGGCGGCGGCUACUGCGCGGGCCUGGGCAGCGGCUAUGGGGGCGGCCUGGGCAGCGGCCUCGGCGGCGGCUUCGGCGGCGGCUUCGGGGGCGUCUUUGGCGGCGGCGAGGGCAUCCUGCAAGCCGGGGAGAAGGAGACGAUGCAGAACCUCAACGACCGCCUGGCCGCCUACCUGGACAAAGUGCGAGCCCUGGAGGAGGCCAACACCGACCUGGAGGUGAAGAUCCGCGAGUGGUACAAGAAGCAGGCGCCCGGCCCCGAGCGCGACUACAGCCCCUACUACCGCACCAUCGAGGAGCUGCGCAGCAAGAUUCUUGCUGCAACUGUUGAAAAUGCCAACAUAGUCCUGCAGAUCGACAACGCCAGGCUGGCCGCUGAUGACUUCAGGACCAAGUUUGAGACGGAGCAGGCUCUGCGCCUGAGCGUGGAGGCCGACAUCAACGGCCUGCGCAGGGUCCUGGACGAGCUGACCCUGGCCAGGGCGGACCUGGAGAUGCAGAUCGAGAACCUCAAGGAGGAGCUGGCCUACCUCAAGAAGAACCAUGAGGAGGAGAUGAACGCCCUGCGUGGGCAGGUGGGCGGCGAGAUCAGCGUGGAGAUGGACGCUGCUCCCGGAAUCGACCUCACCAAGAUCCUGGCGGAGAUGAGGGAGCAGUACGAGACGCUGGCCGAGAAGAACCGCCGCGACGCCGAGCAGUGGUUCUUCAGCAAGACGGAGGAGCUCAACCGCGAGGUGGCCAUCAACACGGAGCAGCUGCAGAGCGGCAAGACGGAGAUCACGGAGCUGCGCCGCACCAUCCAGAGCCUGGAGAUCGAGCUGCAGUCGCAGCUGAGCACGAAAGCGGCGCUCGAAGGCAGCCUGGCCGACACCGAGGCCCGCUACGGCGCCCAGCUGGCCCAGCUGCAGGCCCUCAUCUCCAGCGUGGAGGAGCAGCUGGGCGAGCUGCGCUGCGACAUGGAGCGCCAGAACCACGACUACCGCCUGCUGCUCGACGUCAAGAGCCGCCUGGAGCAGGAGAUCGCCACGUACCGCCGGCUGCUCGAGGGCGAGGACGCCCACAUCUCCUCGCAGUACUCGUCUGCCGUGUCCUCCCACUCGGGCAGAGACGUCACCACAACGUCUCGCCAGGUGCGCACCAUCGUGGAGGAGGCAAUAUUCACGGCUGACUGCAACAUCUACUACUCCAGGAUCUUAUAA